AUGUCCAACCCCAGCGGCGGCCAAACCAACACCGGUACCCGUGAUACCGUGUACACCGUCAAAGCCGACCAGACCAUCAAGGACUUCGAAGCCAAUGAGCACCUUGAACUGGAAUGGGAGCAUCUUCUUGGGAGUCGAGGCGCUCCAAAUAUUUCCGCCAAGCACAGAGUCCCCAUACGUUAUUUCCCAUCUGGUCUCCGAUAG